AUGGAGAGGCUACAUUAUCCAAUUGCUUUAAAUCCAAAUGCCAAAUACCUACCCAACUCGAUUUCGAAUGUUUUGUACAGUAUUCAAAAAUUUGAUCAAAGUACGCUUGCUUGGCCGACUUGCCAACGGAAACGGAAUGUCCCGAUUGGAAAAGCAUUCACAUCGCCACCGGAAGUUCCUUUAGCCGGAACUGCCACCUGCGUGAUCCAAAAGAGAAGACAAUGUGCAUCCAGAAGUAAUGCUAAGGAGGUCCAGAAGAAUACCUUCUAUCAAAUUCUUCAAGCCAGCCAAGAUCAACCUUGCAUUCAGCAGAGUUCCAGAAUCAAACGAAAAAGUACCGACCCCAAAUUUAAAUCCGAUUUUAAAGACGACAGCAUUUACAAUGAUAUAUACGACAUAGUGAGGUCUCACACUCAAUACAAAAGAUUACCUCAACUUGAAAAGCAGCCUGAGCAACAAAAGCCAUUUUCUUUGAAUACACCUGCGGUUGAAGUCUAUAAAGUUCGUCCGUUUGCGACCGAAAUAAAAAAACCAAGAAGCAAAACUGCUAAUUCAACCGCUAAGACAAAUAAACUUCGAGAAAAAACGAAUGAGCUUUCGGAUUCAAAAAGGACAACUCAUCAGUCUAAGUCGAAGUUAACAGAAUCAAAGAGUUCAAGGAGAUAUACAAAUAAACUAAGAGAAAAAACUAAUGAGCUUUUGGUUUCAAAAAGGACAACGCAUCAGUCUAAGCCAAAGUUAGCAGAAUCAAAAAGUUCGAGGAAAAAUACAAAUAAACAUAGAGAAAAAACGAAUCAGCUUUCGGAUUCAAAAAGGACAACUAAUCAGACUAAGCCGAAGUUAACAGCAUCAAAGAGUUCGAGGAAAAAGACGAACAAACUUCAAGAAAAAACGAAUGAGAUUCUGAAUUCAGAAAGGACAACGCCUCACUUUAAGCCGAAGAGCUCGCAGAAUCAGUUCUUAAAAUAUGAAACAAGAGAAAAUAAGCAGAAGGGCAAUUCAAAAUCCGAAAAGCACAAAGCAACCCAACAGUUGUGGCCAUUUCGGGGUAGAGGUGCAGAUCGAAUCCCACAGAGAAGUAUAUAUAACGAUCAAUUCAAUGUGGGUUCCGAGAUUAAGUCGAAUUUUUCCACCACCCAGCUUCCAGAUCCAGAUGGUCAAAAGAUCCAAGAGGUUUCUACUGAGGAGCAGGGAAACAUGGACGAAAAGCCUGAACAGAAAACUGAAAGAGCUAGUGAUACAAAAAGAAAUUCCAACGAAGAAUCAGGCAGGAGAAAAAGAAAGUCCAAGCUAAAACUAAAACUAUUUAAUGCCAAUAAUACUGAUACAAUAUAUGUUGUUCAAGGAAGAAAUUCAAAAGGGCUGACAGGUGUUCCGCUUUUAAAUAAGCGUUCUGGAACGGAGAUUUAUAGAAUCAAAGAAAUGAAAUUAAAUCCGUUUAAGGAACAGGAAGACUUCUCCACAUUAAAACCGCAAAAGACAGAUUCUUAUAUUUUGGGAAGAUCAAAAAUGCGUUUUAAUUCGAAUCGGACACGCGAAAAGAAAAUCUCUACGAUUAGAGAGAAAUCCCUAGUGGAAAGCACAACUGAUACUGAUACAACUGCCAACAAUAUACAGAAAAAUUUUAAAUCAACGUCAGUAAAAUCUAACGAGCAGGAAAUUCAAAGCAGUACAGCGCCAGUAAAAGAAGAAAUAGUUUCCAAGCCAAGAAAAAUGUAUCCCAUUAAUAGAAUUCUAAAUGUUAUAAAUGAAUCCAGAAGUAUCGGAAAUCCGGACGAACAUAGCGAAAUAUUGGUAAGAAGAUCAUCAUCUAGCUCUUCACAAAUUUCCAGUCAGAAACAGAAGCCGAAGGAUAUUUUUGAAGAGAACACUGCUAAGUUAAAAAGGAAAACUAAAACGACUACUAAUGUGUCUCAAAUAAAGGAUAAAUCAAGGUUUUUUCGGCAUAACUCCGCACCGCCAACGCCAACAAAUUCUAUUGAAACCGAAAUAGAAGCGUUACCAGUUUAUCCUUACGAAGAGCACUCAGAUGAUAAUGAGGACGAGACCUCCUAUAGAAGCGGCAGUAUCUACUCAGCGGAUCGAAGGACCUUGGAACGCAAAAGCCUUCUGGAAAGGUUAAACUCGAAGAUUCGAAAAAUCAAUCUUGAUACGACGUCGCAAAUGUACCAGCAGAGAUUGUUCAAGGUAAAGCAAUUUCUUAACCGUCACAGCAUGAUCGAUAAUACAGAUACGUCCUCAAUCGACAUCGAAGGAAUACCCGAUAGCGAUUUGCUGAUGUAUCCGUAUACAGAAAUAUAUGAAAAUAAGACGACCGUCACAAAGGUGAAUCAGCCAAAGGUAUCUGAAGCAAUUAAGGAAAAUUCGAAGCCCAUUUUAAGACCUCCAGAUGAUACUCGUAAGAUUAAAAAUGAAAAGCCUGUUCGGAAAAAAAGUGCCUGCAUUAUAUGCCGAACUAUUAGAGGCAAUCACGGAGCAAAGGAAGCACCUUUCAUGGAGCAGAUGAGAAAAGAGAAAAGGCGUCGGGAACUAUUGACAUACAGAGCAAAAAUAGAAGAGCCCCAUAUUAAAUCUUUUAACAUCCUGCCCAAGGAUCCCAAGAAUAAAACUAAAGCCAUCAACAUGCAUGAUCUCAGCAAAAAAGAACUUUACACUCUGGAAAGUAGGAUAAAUAUUUUCGGCACUGCGAGUAGUAUGUCUAGUUUCCCUAAGAAAAGUAAUUUAAUUACUUUUCCUAGUGAAACUUAAUCAUAUUACUCAUAUCCAAAAUUGUAUAUCUAUUUAUUUUCCCAGGAAGAGUAGUUCUAAUAUAUGUUUCCAAAAAAAAAAAAACAAUGAGUCAUUUGAUGCAUUUCUCUAUAUUUCAUGCGAAUUUGGCAAGAAAGUGCAAUCGUUGUUGACAGAUCCGCAUGCUUAUAAAGCCAAUUAAAUAAUAAAUGCAUCUUUUGUCAAAAUGAACUUGCGCUGCAUUACUAUAGCUGACAUUU